CCAGUCUCUGCCAGGGGGAGAACGGGCGGGAAACCUCCGCCGCGUGAAAAAAAAAAAAAAAGCGUUAAUGAAGGGAAUCGCCUGUCGCGCGGGCGGGGAGGUGACGGUUUAAGAUGGCGGACGCGGAGGGGAGCGGGUUGUGAGGGGAGGCGGGUCGGGGUCCUCGGCUCGGGCUGCCGUGAGGGCGUUCCUCCCGGGGCGGCUGCCGCGGGAGCUCUGCGCCCUGCCUCCUCCCGCUGCAGCCGGGCGUGUGCUCCGGUCGGCGCUGUGAGGGGGGCCUGGCAGGCCUGCGCGGGCGCUUCGCGGGCUCUCCUUCACCUCCCGCCGGUCGCGGUCCCUGGUGAUUUAAAGGCUGUGGACCAGAAUUCUGAUUUAGAACAAUGGCAAGAAACUGAGCUGAUGAACUAGCUCGAUAUUUGGAAAACUGCUUCGUUUGGGGGAAAGUGAUGUCAUGAAGAAGUAACAUACUGCAGUCUGCUCUGUCAGCUUCAUGGGAAAAGAGGUUAAGAGAAAACUUUUAAAAGAAAAUAGCGUUUUUCCAGAGUGAAGCUGAGGACUUGGCAAGAAAACACAAAAUGUCUCCUGAAUCAAAAAAACUUUUCAACAUAAUUAUUUUGGGAGUCUCAUUUAUGUUUAUAUUCACUGCUUUCCAAACAUGUGGAAAUAUUGCGCAAACUGUUAUCACAAAUUUGAACAACACGGAUUUUCAUGGCAGUGGCUACACAAGCAUGUCCAUUAUUUAUGGAGUAUUCUCUGCCUCAAAUCUCGUAUCACCUUCAGUGGUUGCAAUAGUAGGACCUCAACUCUCCAUGGUUGUUAGUGGCAUAUUUUAUAGCCUGUAUAUUGCAGUUUUUAUCCAACCUGCUGCAUGGGCUUUCUACACUGCUUCUGUUUUUAUUGGCAUUGCAGCUGCUGUACUCUGGACAGCACAGGGAAAUUGCUUGACUGUAAAUUCUGAUGAAAACACCAUUGGAAGGAACAGUGGAGUAUUUUGGGCACUCUUACAGUCCAGCUUGUUUUUUGGAAACCUCUAUAUCUACUUCGCUUGGCAAGGAAAAACUCGCAUAUCAGAGAGUGAUCGCAGAACUGUCUUCAUUGCUCUGACUGUUAUCAGUCUUGUGGGCACAGUUCUGUUCUUUCUGAUUAGGAAACAAGAGGACACAAAAGCUCCAGGGGAGGAAGAUUCUGCUAAAGAAAUCCUGGGGGACAGCUCGUCUGCACAAAACAAAAUGAUGAGAGCAGUGGCUGCCUUCAAGAAAUCUAUAAAGCUGAGCUUCACCAAAGAGAUUCUGCUUCUCAGUGUUACAACAGCCUACACAGGUUUAAUAUUAACGUUCUUUUCUGGAGUAUAUGGAACAUGUAUUGGUGCUGUGAAUAGGUUUGGCAGUGAAGAGAAAAGCCUUAUUGGUCUCUCUGGUAUUUUUAUUGGUGUUGGAGAAAUUUUGGGUGGAGGAAUCUUUGGUUUACUGAGCAAGAAUAAUCGCUUUGGGAGGAACCCUGUUGUGAUGCUUGGCAUAGUUGUCCAUUUCAUAGCCUUUUAUUUAAUUUUUUUCAACAUGCCAAAUGAUGCCCCUAUUGCUCCUAUGGAAGGAACAGAUGAUGUUGCUUAUAUGAUUCCAAGCAAAGAGGUGGCCAUAUUCUGCAGCUUUCUGUUGGGCCUGGGAGACAGCUGCUUUAACACCCAGCUCCUCAGUAUUUUAGGAUUCCUGUAUUCAGAAGACAGUGCUCCUGCCUUUGCCAUCUUCAAGUUUGUUCAGUCCAUCUGUGCUGCAGUUGCAUAUUUCUACAGCAACUACUUCCUUCUGCAGUGGCAACUCCUGAUCAUGGUGGUUGUGGGCUUCUUUGGAACAAUUACCUUCUUUACAGUGGAGUGGCAAGCAGCAGCAGCUCUUGUUGCCCGUAGCUCAGACUACAGCAGCAUUUGAUCUAGAUACUAUGCCUAGUUCAACGUAAGGAAAAACACAGGCACGCUUAUUGUGAAGUGAUGCAACGAGGUGAAAAGAUCAGGUUGCUGCAGGGAUUAACAUGGAGGAAGCUGCUACUAAAUCACCAUCAGUCUAACUGAAUGUGAAACAUGGGAGAAAAAAAUGCCGAAUUUGAAAGGCUUUUUUUCUUGCUUUAAUCAACUAAGCAUGGUAUGCAUGUUCUUAAAAAUCUGGUAUUAGAAAUGGAAGGAAACGUAGAGAUCUAUGUAUCGAACAAUUCUGUUCUGAGACGUACCUUUCAGAAUGUAAUUACCUAAUUUCACUCUACCAUGCACUACAGAAUUACAGUUUCAUUUUUUUCCCCCUAAAUUGUUUUUCCUAUAUUCUAGUUCUGCAGACACUUGAAUUCUUGUAUUGAAUGAGUGAUAUUUUUAAGUACAUUAUAUUGCAGAAUGUAUCUGCACAACUGAGAAAUCAAUUUGUCACUGACUUUUUCAAGAAUUAUAUAUGCAGAAGUAUUUCUGUAGGAAAUGUUGCCUUGUUAUUUUCUUAUUCUGUAUCACCCAGUUCCUUGUUUCCCAAUGAUUUGUUUAUUAAUCUAUUUCAUGUGCUUAAAUUUUAUCAGAUACAGGGUUUUUGGUUUUUUAAGAAAGUGAAUCAGGUUGUAGUGUGACACGAAAGAUUUUAAAAUAAUUUCAUGAAGUUACUCUUAGCCAUCAUAAGGAUGUGAUCCUGAGAUCUGUGAAGUAUUGAUAAUUGAAAACAGUCUCCUGGUUCAGCAUCUCAGAAUUGAACUGUGUUGGGAUAGCUGCUGAAACUUUCUCAGGGUAAUGCUGCAUGAAGGACCAUAAGACAUGGCUUCCCUCCCAGACUCUCAAAUAGUUCGAGUUCAAUGAAAUUUUCAUCAUAAUCUGUGAUGGGAGCAUUGUCUAAGAUAACUUUUUAAAGUACAAACGGACUCAGAAUGUGAACUGUAAGAAUAGUCUUGCAGUGUUCAUUCUACUGCAUAGUCUAAAAAUACCUGAAAUGCUUGACGUAAGUUGUUGCAUUCAGUGUAUUUUGGGAAGACUGUACUGUAAUCUUAUUCUGCCAAAUGCAAAAACAAGGAUACUUGCAUAGUAACUAAAUUUUAAUCCAAAACUCUUAUAUAUGGUACAAUACAGGCAGUGAACGCAACUCACCUUGAUUUUUAUCUGUCUACAUGACUCUGUAGUACUUGCAGUUAUAUUUCUGUCUAGCAGGCAGACAAGAUGCAACCAAGAGCAGGUAUGGAACACUGAGAAGGUGUUUUUUAGACACUCCAUCUAGCUAUUUUUAGAAAAGUACCAUUUGCCAACCUUUUUUUUAUGCACAGUCAGAAUGUUAAUGUCUUAUCUUUAAAGACAAGUUAAAAAAAAAAGUCGACUCAGUGUGUGUCAGUAGCUCCUGCAUGUCAUAACUAUGUAGGUGUACCCAAGGUUAAACCUAGUGAGGGAGUAUGGCAUUUCCUGUGACAUUAGCUGUCACUUUUGCUCACAGAGGGCAUGUAACACAACUCCCAUGAAGCACAGCCCUCUUCAUGCACAGUAAAAUGGCAGAAAGGGAUUAUUUUACAGGCAUAUAGAAAGGGAUUUUUAAAUUCACUGCAGGUUUUUGCUGUAAGAUCAGUGAGGUGUUAAUUGGAGGAUGAGAGGGCACCUGAACAUUUGGCAAGCAAAGAAAUCUCUGAGGACAGCCAGGAAAGAGAGCCUUUGUGUAUUCCUAGGAGAUUUAAUGAAUGAUGUAAAAGGGAAUGAGACAGAACACACAUCUGAGCGAGGGGUUACCAAAGCCAUUCCAAUUUGUCAAACAAACUGAAAAAGCAUUCAGUAUUCAAUCAAUAUAUAUAUGAUUAACGUGACUAGCAGCACUCUAAUGCCUCUCUCUUAUCCACUCCUGUUAUCCUGUAAUUUGAAGCAUACUAUUUUUAUAUACUGAGCACCGUAAAAGGUACAGACACUAGGAUGUUUCCAGUGAUUAGAAUUCUCUCGUUGCUACACAUUUGUAUUUUCUCCCAAGUACCAAAAGGGAUAAAGAGCUUUUUUUAAGAUAGGGAAUUACUGACUGUAGUCUCUGAACUCCUCCUGGGACCUGUUUUCCCCUACAUAUAUCAACAAGAGAAGAAAGACUUGAAAGUUCACAAGAACAAUUUUGUCUUGCAGUACAUGGCGGGGGGACACAUGAUUCUCAGGUCUUGUGGUGAUGAGUAACUUAUAAAUGCUUUUAAAACAAUGCCGUUUAAUUGUAGCUAGGUUACAGCUCUCAUGAGGGUUGGUUUUUAAAUUGAUCCCUUUUAAUGAUGAACUUCUGUGAUAUUCAUCUGCCACAUAAGAAUUAUAUGAACUAUUUUAUUAGAAAUUAAAGAAAAUUGAUAAGUUUAUGUAGUUUCAAAAAGCAUUUUGAGACCAACUUUCAGGGAUACUAAUGAACUAGGACUUGUGGAUUUUCAGUACCUAUGUGAACCUGAUGCUUUACUUUUUUCUGCUGUUCUGCUUGGUCUGACUCAAUAUCAGAUAAUGUUAGAAGGCUGUUCAGGACUAUUUAUUGGGUCAUUAAAGUGAAGUAUUAUUGCUCUGUGACAAGUUUUACAAGAAAUCUUGAAAUUCUCAAAACUGCAUCAUGGAUAGCCAGGGUUUUUUUACUAUUAACUAUAUAAGUAUUGCUUUUGACAUUUGAUCUUAAAAGACAGUCCUCAGUUAUUCAAGCUGAUGAUGACGACACAUGAUUGCUUUUCACUUAUUCAUAUUUCUUUGAUUUGUCAGGAGGUGAAAAAUCCUCCCAGCUAUACACAAUUGUUAGUUCAGUCAAAAUUUUUGGUAUAGCAACAUAAAGAAUAGAAAUGCUGACAUCUAUUUAUGAUUCCAUCUCUUAAUCUUUUUAUCAGCAUUUACCAGCCCUGAGGCUGCACCCUACUCAUUGCAGCUCCUUGGCCUUUGAACAAUUUCACUUUAAUCUGAAUUGGGAGCUUACUGUUAAAUUAAGUGGGAUUUGAAAAAAGGCUUUUGCUUUAUUUGUGGUAUUGUGGGUUUGUUUUAUAUUAGGGAUUUUAUCUUUAUAAGUGAAAUUACACAUUAAGGUGCUGUUG